GUAACGAUUAAAAUGAAACGUAGCUAAGCUACCUGGUUUCAGAAGACGCGUGAUGUCUGUCUAGUAGUCGUGUCCAAUAUGGCGUAUAUACUGUGAAUUGCAUUAACGUGCAGGUUCUGGUCCUGCCUCUAGUGCAAUUAUUUUUUGUGGAUAAAGGGAAUGAGAUAAAUACUAUAAAUUUGUAGUAAAACAAUGUACAAUGAACUACGGUGGGAAUAUGCCAGAUUGGCACCAAUAUAAUGCUUCACAGACAAAUGAAGUCACACCUUCUGCACAAAAUGUGAAUUCUGGCCAUCUUUCAUACAUUCCUGGUGCCAGUCCACCAACACUAAAUGCAAUUAGCCUUAGUUCAGAGGGUCUGAACAAGCAUCAGAAUGAUGCAAAUUACAAUCCAAGAAACUAUCAAUCUUUUAACAAUGUUUCAAAUGGCUCAACCAUUCCAAAUAACAGCCCUCUUGUAUCUAUGGUGCAAAUGCAGAAUUGCAUUGGCCAUUAUGGUUCUCCAAAUACAAGGAAUACCAUGUUAGAUAACAUAAAUGCUUCUGUGGAUCCUAGGAACACUAAUAUCGGAACUAUAAAUGAUGACAUAGGAUAUAGAACCAACCAAGGACCUUUUAAUGGACCUAUUGGUCAUCUAAAUGGAGCAAGCUGCAAUUUAAAUACAUCAUCUGGACCUAGAACAGGGCCUGGACCUAUCCCUGGACCUAGGACAGGACCUGGACCUGUCCAUGGACCUCGAACCAAUUCUGGACCAGGAAUUGGAACCAAUCCUAAUACUGGAACUGGUCCUAUGUUUGGACCUGGUUCUAGACAUGGACCUGCAUCAGUAUCUGUUUCAAACUCUGGCGCUGGAAAUAUGGGACCAAGAAACACUAAUGUCGGUCCACUACCACCUUCUGGGAAACCUGUACCACCUUCUUCAUUUAUCCCUUGUAAAGGAAUGUGUUGCAAUUCAGAUCCAAACAUUAAUUACCAGCAGUGGGAAAAAUAUGGAUCAUAUCAAAAUAAUGGUUCAUACAGAGAUAAUGUACAUCCAUCGAAUUAUCAGAUCGAAAAUAGGCAGUUUGGAAAUAAUUGUAAUUUUAGAAAAGAUAAUCUAGAAAGUAAAGAAGUAAUGAGCCCCGUGUUGCCCAAUGCGUCCACUGUAGAUCAUAGAAGAAACUUUGCAGAUUAUAAGUAUCACAAGGAUCACAUAAUGCAUAGAAAUUACUCAACAUCUUCGGGAAUAUUUCACAAUUACUCCAUGCAAGGUUAUAAUUAUUCUACAGAGCAACAGAAAUACCCUUAUCCUGUGAAAGAACAUACGAAAACAAAUAGCAUGAAUAUGCCGAAUUCAGGAAUGCUUAAGCAGCAAGAACAAAAUUUCAUAGCCCAACAAAAAUUCAACAAUAAACAAUGCCAAUAUCAAAAUGGCAAUAUGAUACCCAAAGGAAUGCCUACUGUAAAUGUAAAUGCAAAUAUGGUAUCCUCUUCUCAAAACUCAUACUUCAAUUCGCAAUAUCCGAGAAACAUUCCCGCAGAAAUCUCUCACGAAUGCCAAGAAACCACCAAUAAUACUGCAAUGAUGAAUAAAAUGCAGAAUACCUUUAUGCAUAACUCUCCUCCACAGCAUCAAGUGUAUCAACAUAAAAUAGCAAUGCAAAAAUUUUCAAUAGAAAAUCAUCUUAGGGAACUGAGUAGGAUACCUGGCUAUCAGUCUCAUCCCAAAUACAAAGAAUGUAUUCUUAGAUAUAGAGAAGUAUUAAAAUUGCAACAAUCGUCUGGCUAUCAAAAUCCAGUUCAACAAACUCCACGUGUAACAACACCAGUAAAUACUACAGUGCCGCCUAUUAAUUUGCAGUUCGAUCAAAAUGGUAUGUUAAUAAAUUCCAGUUAUCUACCGGAUAAUUUCUCUAAGGUGCAGCAUGCACCACCAACUAUAGAGCAAGCACCAGAAAAUAUGGAUAAGCAAAAUAAAGACCAAGAUAUUGCCAUGGUUAACGAGAAGUGCCAGCAAUCGCAACAACGAGAGCAGUUAAUAAUUCCCCAACAAAAUGAACAUGUUCCUUCCUCUUGUGCAGAAACGUUUCAGAAACAGAAUCAGUUCUCUAUACACAAGGACUUUAAUCAAAAUCAACUAAAAGUACAAACAAGCGAGAGUCACACCUUUAAUACUUUAAGUACUAAUACUAGUAACGAAACGAUGAUGCAGCAAAAAGCCUCGAAAGAAUUCGCUAAUAAACCGGAUCUGGAUGUAAGACAGUUUUUGGCUAAUUGGGACGAAACUGACGACGAAGAGGGAACGACCAAUAUACCAGACACAAUUCUAAGUGAAACAACCCCUGUUGUUGUAGUAAGCUAUGAAAAUAUAGAUCUUUCAUCGAAAACACCACAAGCCUCGGAAGUUCCAAGAAAAAAUGGUUUCUGCUCGAACGAAACCUUAGAAAGUAACAAACAAAGUGAAACGAAUGUAAUAGCAGCCCAAGACUGUUUGACAAUAUCGUAUUCCGCAUCUGAUAAUUCUGAGAUUGCUAAAACUUCCAAAAGAACGAUUGGAGAAGGUGUGGUGAAACCUGGGAGUAUCAUACAUUGUAUUAGCAAUGGUCCUGACGAAAUACCCACAAUUCACAUAGUGGACAAUUUAGAAAUAGCAAACAUUCUGGGAGCACCUAAUGGUCAAGUUAUACAAGCUUUGGAGAAGCAAAAGACAAUACCAUUUUUCAGGGGGCCGAGUAAUAAUGAAAUUGCCGAAAAUACAGAGCAGCAGAGUAAGAGUAAUACUCAUAUACUGUCUGUUGAUUAUCCCACAUCUUUGGGUGACAUGGAUAAGAAUACAAAUAUGGAAAAUUCUAGUAUUUCUGAAACGACUACAAUUCCAAUAAACAACCAAGGAUUAAGAGUUUUGUCGACAUCAGAAAAAGAUAAUCUGGAUGUUAGUGAUAACAUCGAACUAAAGAAACAGCAUAGUUUUGAAGAAUCCCAUAAUCCCGAUGAUAUUAGUUUACCAGAUUUACCAACCUCAGAGUGUACACCAAUAUCUACUACUCUGAACACUCCUAUUCAUUCUGACACUGAAGAAUCUUCGCAGAACAUGGAAGACUUAUCAAUAUCCACAAAUAUGAUAGAAGUAAUGCAGAACAGUCCAGUAAUUAGUUUUACACAGCUAAACAGCGAGGAUAAAGUAAAGAAUAGAUCCCUUGGUACUUUGGAGUUGGAAUUUCAAAAGGAGAACCGUUACAAAAAUAACGAAACCAAGACUGGACAUGCGCAAGAGGAAACUUUGAAUAAUUUUGAGUUGUCUAACAACUCUAAAGUGAAAUCAAAUGAAAUAAUUAAAAAUAAGCAGAUGAAAAAUCUCGGGACCACUACUGUGAGAAAGAAAGUAUGCUUAGUAGAUAGCAAGGAAAAUGAUGCUAGAGUUUCUGAUACAUGUGGUGUUUUAACAUCCAUGGAGUAUGAACUGGAGGAAGUUGUUGAAGGGGAGAAGAGAUCAGAUCUCGACUCUCCCGAUUAUUCGUACGAAAGGGGACACAAAAACAUUAGAAGAUCGACGGAAACGGUAAGAAAACCGGGAGUAGAGAAAAGUAAGUCGAACGAUAACGUUGAUUCUAAUGCAAAUUUAAGCCCAAAAAUAUCUGAUGAUGAGUCACAAGCAUUGAAAAAUGAUAAAGAGCUUAGGAGGAGGAAGAUAAAGACUUCGAUUGUAUCUACAAAUGCUAGCUGCUCAACGCCUUCUGAACUUGAUCUAGAUGUCAGAAAAAGAGCAAGAGAAGCAAUAACCUGGGAAGAAAAAUGUAUAGAUAAAUACUUAGAUAGAAAUCUAAGUCAAAAGAAAGAUGCUGAUCAUUUGAAACAAUCGAAGGUUUCUGAUACGAGGAAGUUAGAAGAUUCAAGCUCAUCCCAAGGUGGAGAGCAUUCUGUGUGCCAUAUGACUUCUCAAUACAAACACUAUUCCGCUGCUGUGAUAAAGGAUAAUGUUACUUUAAAUAAUAAGAAGACGCACGGCAUCACAGACAGGAUCAUGAGUGAGAAAUCAUCCGAGUUCUCAACCAAGAUAAACAAUAUUAAUACCAAAGAACUCUCCGAAGAGGCAGAAAUUAGGAAAUGUGUAUCAAGUAAAAUAGUUUCAACAUUGCAGGAAGACAUUCAAUCUCAAACUUCUAAGUUACUGCAAAAAGAUUUGAAAAGUAUUGAUGGAGACGUUACAUACACUGCGGAGGAGAUGCGUGUGCUAAAAGAGUAUAGAAAGAAGAAAGAAAAGUCGUAUCAGGCUCACGAUACAUAUAAUGAUAAUAAUAAAGAUGAAAAAUCGAAAUCUAAAAGUUAUAAACUGGGACACAAGGUAUGUUUGGAACAAAAUUCUGUAUCUUCAAUUAGUUUAAAUUCAGAGAAUCUGAUGACACAGGAAGAAUCAAAAAGCCACUCAUGUUCGAAAAAUUUAAUAAAAAAUGCUGACUUUGAUAUUCAAGUUGCUAAUGUAAACUUGAAAAUUAAAGACAAUGAUAUUGGUAAAGAGUUAGUUCUUGGAGACAAAAGCCAAGAACACACAAAAGACCCUCUGGAGGGAAUUAAAAUUGAAAUCAACGUGUCAUGUACAGACAGAAACUCGAAGGGACAGGAGCAGAACAAGCGAAUAUUUUACGACGAUCGCAGCCUGUAUGAAAUUGACGAUUCACUUUCCUAUUCGAAUACGUUGGACUGUCAACGUAGAUUACACGCUAAGGAUCAAGAAGGCAACCCAAAAUUACCCGAAAGAGCUCACAGAGUGUUUGAGAAAUCCGAUGCGGUUGUAGAUGUUACAGAAACGAAUCAGGGUAAAAGCGAAACGGAGAAAAAUUUAAGAAUAACGCUUAAGAAAGAUAGGAGAGCUUCGCUAGAGACAAGCGAGGAAAUUAAUUCUAUCAUUUCUAAGGAAACAUGCAAUUUAAUUUCAGAUAAUCAGUCUUUUAGUAAAUCUUCGCGCAACAAUGUAUUCUGUAAAGAUAUAUCGAAAGCCGAAAUAAUCGAGGAUACUAGUUAUGCUGUUGAUCACGUGGAUAUAAUUAAGUCAAAAAGUGCAAUAUCAAAUACUGCCACAAUCGAUGCAAAUAAUAAAAUUAAGGGAAAGAAUAAGCUCGAAAACGAUAAGGAAGAUAAUUUUAUAUGUGAAGAUGAUGAUCAAUUGGCAAGGAUACAAAAGCAAGGUUCUACGAAUUUCGUGAAUGUUUCAAACAUAAUAGAAAAAGAGAUAGCAAGUGUAUCUCACUCAAAAACUUCUAUAAAACUACCAGAAAGCAACUUUAUCGAACUCAAAGCCAAGUCAUUAAAUAAUUUGAGCAAUUUGGAUUUCAAGUUUGGCAAAUAUUCUGGGAUAGAGUUAGAUCGCGGUAAACGCAUGGAUGAGGAAUUGGACGAAGAAGAAGAUAAUACGGGCAAAUGGAAGAAGCCAAAGAUAGAUGAUAUUUUUGAAGACUGCGACAUGUUCCAAAGUAGCAGCGGUUAUGUAAAUCCGAUAUUCUCGAGCAUAGAUAAACUAGAGGAGCUCCAUACUGUUCCUGUAUACACUACCAAAGACGGAAAGAUAUCCUAUAGUCCUAAUCGAAGAUUCACUUAUCACGAAUUAAUGAUGGAGGCUCGUAAACGAGAAUCUUACUCCUCUGUGAAAAAGUCCCACUACACGGAUACCUGGAACAACUAUUACAACUCAAAAUUUCGGAAAAUGUACAAGAAAAAGCGGCAUCAUAGUCUUAAUGAUAAGAAAAAGUAUGAAUAUAAGAAUACCAAGUAUCUUUAUGAUAGGAAACGAAAUUAUUCGGAUGAAUUCUAUGGUAAAAGUCAUGUUAAAUAUAAAAAUUAUGUUCACAGCAUUAGGAACAAUAAUGCUAUUUGGUCUGAUCAUUAUAAAAUGGAUAAAAUGUAUAGCAGCAGCGAUUCUGAUGAACAAAUCAUAGAUCGCAGUAAAAAUCGCGUUGCUGAGGGGAAUAAUUGUAAGAAAGAUCAGAUUACAGAGAAUAAAAGCAUAGCUAUCCCUAAACCACAAAAAGAUGAGAUGUUUAUUGAUGAAUUAGAUCUGGAAUGUAAAAGUAAAGAGAAUGUAACAGAUGAUCUUUCACAUAAAGAUAAUUGUAUGGAUUUAGAGGAGGCGCAAGUGGUUCAAUUUCAAAUUCUUGAUAUUGAUAAAAAGAGUGAAAAUUGUGUAAGCGCUAAUAAUAAUUGUAUAGAUAAUUGCAUAUCUCAUAUGGAUUCGGAUAUUCUGUCAACUUCUUUACAGUCGAAACAGAAAGAACAAAAUGUUGAAAAUAAUGUAAAUGAAUAUUUAAUGCUAGAUAAUUCGGAAAUCACGUUAGAAAACUUUCAGACAAAUAAAGAUAAAAAUUCGGGCAAUGAAUGUACGGAUCAAAUUAUUGAUAAAGUUGAAAUUAUAACUACUCUUGAAAAUGAAGAGAAAAAUGUAGUUGCAAAAAAUGAAUCACCGACUUCAAAAUUGUUUAUCAAAGAAUCUUUAUUGGAUAAAGAUAAGCAAGUUAGUUUACACGAUCUUGAAAAGAAAAAAGAUGAUGAAAAAAUUACUUCAGAAGGAACAGAUGCUAAAGAACAGAAAGAAGAAAUUGACAUAAACUUGUCUGAUAGUCAAAUUUCCCUAGAAUCAAAAAAUAAUCUUGAAAAUAUAGAAAAUACAGAAAGUAAUAACAAAUCAGAAACUAAUCACGUUAGCGUACCAAUAUUUGAAACAGACAUAAUAAAAGAAGUUUCUGAGCUUCAAAUAGAUUCGAAUAAUGCAUCUAAUCAGGUUUCACAAGAAUUUUCGUUUUCAAAACGUCCGAAAGUCGCGUUUAAUGAAAUAAUUGAAGAAUCUGAGCAGAAUAUUAGUCAAGAAAAUAUCUCAAAAUGUGAAGAAGAAACUGUGCAAUUUAAUAAAGAAGUUGAAAUUUCAAAUGAAGAUCAAGAAUACGAAAAGGAUAUAAACAAAAUAGAAGAAGAAAAUAAUGAGGAUUUAGAAGGUCCAAACAAUGAUACUCUGUUGAAAGACACUUCUGCAAUGAAUCAAAAGGAAUCUGAAUCUCAGGCAGUACUGGCAAACAAAACAAUUGAUCAAGAAGAUAAUACAAAACACAUUUCUAUUGAAUGUAUUGAACAUGAAGACAAUAUUGGCGUGAAUUCUGACCAAAUAAAUAACGUAAUUACCGAAAAAAGAAGUUCUAUUGAUUCCUCAAAAGAUGAAAUUCAUACUGAGGAUGAACAUAUUACAGAAAUUGGAUUAAACAGAAGUGGAAUAGAAACUAUUUUAUCAAAUGACCAUAUAGAAGAAACUUCAGUGGAGCAAGAUGUAAUAACUGACGAUUUAAAGGAUGAAGGUGGAUCAGAUGAUCUGCUAGUUGCCUCUAAACAUGAAACGAAUUCCAAUCAAGAUACUUUGGAAGAUAAAGGAAUACCUGUUCUUAAUACAUGUUGCUUUAUUAAAACCUCUCCAACUGUGGAUGCUGAAAACAGCAAAGAUAAAGCUGAAAUAGAUAGACAGAAAGAAGAGCAAAUUCCUGUCGAUCAAGCCUUUUCCAAAAGCUCGACUCAUUCUUCAGAUAUAGACAUGAUAGCAAUACCCAAGCUGGUUAUAAAGAAAACUGACACUUCAAAUUCGAAACCAGUGUGCUCACUAGAUUACAUAGAUUCUUCUGAAACCUGCGAUAGAUAUGAUGCAAAAUUAUUGUCCGAAGUACGUCCAAAAAUACCAAAAGUGAUCAUAAUGAAAAAUAGAUCACGCUCUGUAACUCCAACAGUUGAAAUUUUAGAGAAAACUAAGUCUGAUAAAACGCAAUCUUUUCUUCCAGAACAAAAUGAAGAAAGUAUGGAUAUGGAUAACAGUGAUUUUGAAUCAUAUACUUUAAAAUAUGAUAAUUAUGAAAAUAAGGUACCUAAGGUGAGGAUAAAGUUGGAGGAUAUAUCAUCCAAGGACUUAAAAGUAUACUUAAAACGUAAGACCAUUAAGAAGAGCAUUCCAAAAGUAAAGAUUAAAAAGCUUAAAAUGCAAGAAAGUAAAAGAAUCAAAAUGAAGGAGAGUUCAGAAUCAGAAGGUACUGAUUCUGAUGAAGAUACAAAUUUUCAUGAGUCAAUGUCCAGCGACAUAGAAGUUGAAAAAACAUCAAAAUCAAAGUUAAAAAAACAAGAAGAAAGUAGAUCUUUGUCACCAGAAAAAGAUAGAGGGAAUGAUUCGAAUAUUCCUAGAGUUUCUUCAAAAAAAACUAAAAGAAUAAAGGAAGAGGACUCAAAACACACUGCCAAGUAUGAUAACAACAUAGCAAUUAAUGAUGAGUUAAAGAAGAAAUUUCCUCAGUGCAUUAUGGAAAAGAUUCCUAAGGUUAUAAUAAAAAGAACUCAAAUUGGCACAGAAUUUAAAUGCGAAAUUAGCAAAAGUAAAAAGACUUCAAUCACUGAAACGUCCAAAUGGCAACCAAAAGUAAAAUUACAAAGAUUAGAUGUUCUAGAUCAUAUGGUGAAAGAUUGGAAGCAAUCAAAAAUCACAUUAAGUGAUAAGUUUGAUUUGUCUGCACAAAUAAAGGAUAUUAGCAAUGAAGAUGUGAUUGAUGACAAUAAAGUAAAAUUACCUAGAUCUAAUUCAGUGUCUAGUUUGUCUCCUGCUAAAUGCAAACAGAGAAGAUUAUCAGACUCUGAUUACAUGAAAAUUAACUCAAAAUCAACUACUGGGUUCGAUGCUAAUUUAAGUAAAAUUGAUAAUGUGGCUAUUUUAAAAUCAGAUGAUAGUGAACGUAGAAAUAUUAAGAGGAAAGGAAAGAGAAAAUUACUUUCCCAGAGUAGACAAAUACAUCAUAGUCAGAACGAUGAAAGUGAGAGUGAAAUGGGAGAAACUGCAACAAAACAUUCCUUUAAAGACAUUCUGACAAAUGAAGACAAUGAUAUGAUGGUUGUGAAAAAGGAGUACUCAACUUUUGGGACCAAAGAGACACCCCUUAUAGAAGACAAAUUUCUAGACUCUGUCACUCGUUCACAUAAUUAUAAUGAUAACAAUAGUUCGAUAAUUAAAGUCGAUUCCUCAGAUGAAAGUCAAACUACAAUAGAAAUUUUGCCGGCAUCACCAGAUAAUAGCGAUAAUGAAGUGAAGAACUCUGAAUUUGAGAACAUUAGUAGAAUAGAUAUGGUGGAUGCAAUGCCGACUCAAUUGGAAUUAGAAUUGGAACUUAUUGACAAUAAAAAUAUAUGUUCUGAGGUAUUUACAUCGAAAAUCGACUAUGCAUCGCAUUCCAAGAGUAAGUACAUUGAAGGGUCAACUAAGGCAUUCUUCAAUGAAUUUCAACGUGCUUCACAAAAUAGUUCUGAUCAAAAUGAAUAUACCUUCUUAAUGAAUAAACAGCAAUUACAAAAUCUAGAGAGAAGAUCAAAUGAUAAUUUUUAUUGUAAUGACUUAUUAAUUAAAGAAGUACUAGCUGCUAAAGAAACACUGAAGAAAUGUUUGACAAAAUCUGAAAAUGAAGAUGCAGAAAGAAAAAAAUCACGACAUAGGACUGUAGCUGAAAAGAAGCAAGGCUCAAGUUUCACUUUCAAGGAUAUUGGAAAAUCAUUAGACAAGUCUGAAAAAGCAUGUUCUAAUAGUCAGAAUGAUAGAGUGGAAGUAAGUGGAAAGUCUAGAAGUUCAGAAAAAAAAGCAUGCAUAUCUUCUAGUAAGAUGGAUAUAAAGGAAGUUAAAGAAAGCUGUUCAAAACAAAAUGAAAUUUAUUCCAUGGAUUGCCCUACAGCUUCUACAUACGAAGAUAACAAUGUACUAGAGCCAACUACCAUUUCUUUGAAGGCUUCUAAGAAAUUUGAUGAAAUAACAGCAAACACAACAUCAGUAAGAAACUCUGGUCAUAUAUCAAACAGAUAUAACAAUACAAAAGACUUGCAGAAGGAAAAAUCUGCAAAGAAAACUAGCAGUAGCAAUGAGAAUCAGAAAGAUAAUGAUAAUUCAAAUGACACAAAAAUAAAAGAAGACAACAUGCCAUUAUUAGUGCCAGAGUUUGUUUUAAAUUUUGAUUCCAGCUCAGAUAGAGAUAGUUCCAGAUCUCCACCUGUUAUAACAAAUCAAGAAGAGGUUGAACAUGUAGUAGAAGAUGCAAAAUUGAUGGAGAACAAAGCGAUUAAUCAAAUGGAGAAGAUAGAAGAGAAUAAAAAACAUUCCUAUAAAGACUGUGGAAUGACUAUUGCUGAUAUUAUAAUGCAAUUAGCUUAUCAUGAAAAGGCAACAAUAAAGCAUAAAAGAUAUUGUAAUUUAUGCGAAAGAUGGUUUCCUACAACUUCACGACAUCGUCGACAUUUAGCUGGAUACCAACAUCGUUAUAUGGAAUCAACACAGCGUAAAAGCAUCCAUACACUUUUUAUUCUGUUCACUGGCAAACCUUGUCCAAGACUUUUGCCAGCAAAUGUGAUUCGUAAUGACUGUUCCAUUGGGGAAUUGACACCUUUACAAAUUGCCGUUCAGGAUGUUGCAAAAUGUGUUGAAUAUAUAGAACAGGAUCAUAAAACGAAAGAAUGAUAGCAACAAGUUACUAUAAAUCACUUUGGCUGCAUAGAUGCAUUUCCUGUGAUUAACUAUACUGGAACAAAUAAUGUGAGUACCUUUAAAAAACGUACUAUAAUGCUAAACACAAAGUUUAUUCUGUAAUUCUUUUAAUCUUAAAGGAAUUGUACAUUUUUAGUAUGAUUACUACUGUUGGUAAUCAUACUAUGUACUAUUAUAAAUAUAUGUAUACAAAGACAAUGAAAUUAACAUCUAUGAACUUUGCAACAAAAGAGAGCUUUGUUGAUUGAUGUUAAUUGUUAAGAGUUACUUGAGAAAAAAAAAUUAUUUUAAGUAGUUAGAUAUUUAGCCAAAGAUCAUAGUAAAAAAAAAGAUACAUGUGUACGUUAGAUUAUUUAUAGUUUUUGAGGACUACACAGUCUCUUGUUUGUACAAAUGAAAAUAUGAGUAAUAUGAUAAGUGAAUGUGCUCGUUAUAAAUCUUUAUUUAUAUCGUGAAAAGACUUAUAUAUACGAUGUAUAAAUACAUAUAUAUAUAUACACAGACACAUAUAUAUAUAUUUAUUAUUCUUGUUUAAAAAGAAUAUGAAUCCUUGCAAUGUUACACAGACCUAAAUCUAUAUAUAGUUACAUUUAUAUAAAAUUAUAUAUCUGAAACAGGGGCAGUCAAAGUAAAAAAUGUCUAUACUAUAUGUUACAAGAUUAAAUGAACUAUGAAAUGUUAAAGUGUCCACAAUUCGUACAUUUCGUACAUUCGUAGACAAUGUUAGUGAAUGUUAAACAAUUUAAUUUAAAAAAGAAAGUUAAACAAUAUGUAAAUUCUCCAAAAUAUUAAUUAUACUUAUUACUGUGAUUCUAAAUCAAAUUUUUCUAUUCUAUUUAUCUUUAAUAAGUAUAAACUAACUCUUUAUACAAUUCUUUCAAAAAUAAUUACUUACUUAAUUGACAUAAGCAGUAACAUCUCAUAGUUCAGUAGAAAAUCUACAUAUAAUAUAAAUAAUGUUCACUCCCCCGUCACGUGUUUAUGUCUGAUUCAAACCAUUUAGGUGUGCCUAAUGAGUUAUUGUUUAUACAAAUAACAAAGCUUUUAAUUGUUUUUAAAUGUUACAAAUGUUUUUCUUAUUAUUCUAUUGAUAUAUGUAUAUUGGAAGUGGGAAAGAUCCUUAAAGAAUAAGUUCCUGGUUAUAAAGUGGGAUGGAAUAAAUAUAUUCCUUGUUAAGAGGCUAAAAAACAACUAUUAUGCUAAUACAGGGUUAACAGACUAUAUUUACAAUUGUCUUAUAAUUUUAUUCUUUCUGGUUUACGUUCCAAAGAAUGAAAAUACAUUAAAAGUCACUUUAUUGAAAAAUCUAGUUUAAUCAUUGAAUGCAACCAAAUAAAAGAAAUAUAUAAUAUAUAUAUAUCUAUAUAUAUAAGUCUAUCGAUUGUUAUUCCACUUAAUGUUUUGUUUCUCAUAAGUUUGUUUUAACUGUUUCAUAUUUUAUUUGCACGAGUGCCUUAAAAUACACCUAACAGUAUUUGUCGUAUCGUGUUAUGUAUAUUAUGUAAGAUUAAAUGAAGCUAUAUAUUUCUAAUAUUCUUGUAUAAAAUAUGCAUUAUAUAUGCUGCAAUUAUGAGAACAUUAAAAUAAAUAUACCACUGCAUAAUAACUAUAAAUGACAUUUCUAUAAAUAUGUACAUCAUAUUUGUUUUAUAACUCUUUUUCUAUAAUUGUAAUAAAAAGGUAUCUAAACAGUGGUAUCCCUUGAACAUCUUCACAGGUAUAUAAAAUAAGUAUAAUAUAGUGGUAUAAAUUAAGAAAAAUGUUCUCAUAAUUGAAGUUUUGUUAUGCAAAUAUUUUAUGAUAUCAUUGUGUGUUCUAUGUGCCUAAAUUUUAAGAAAUUUAUAUCCAUCUAAAAUUCAAAUAUGCAUAAUAUUACUUAUACAUAUACAUUUAAUAUAAUAUAAAUAUGCAUCACUUGUAUAUUAUAUGAAGAAAAAAGGUUUCAAAGUUUUUAUAAAUAAAGAAAAAUUGUAUCAGUUUGAUGUAUGUUGUACUUCACAAAAAUUGUUUUGAGUGUUUAAUUGUGGCUACAAGAUAUCCAAGUAAAUUAUGUACAUCCAAAAUAUAAAUAUGUAUAACAACUUGUAUCGUAUGAUAUCGUAAUUCAUUAGAUUUGAAUCUUAUAGUUUCUCCAUCUAAUUUGACUAUGUUAUAUUAAUUAAAGAAACAGGAUAUUCUUAAAAAAUAAAAUUACAUCUAAUAUAUGCUUCAUUUAGAUGAGCAGUGGUUUUUUAGAAAAAUUCUAUUAUUGACUUCCAAUAAUGUAAAUUAUUAUAAGAUUGCACCGACUCAAAUAUUUUCAGUUAGAGAAAUUUAUAUUACAAAAAACCUUCUUUUAUUUUCUAAUUUAAGUUAUUCAAUUUAAGAAUUGAAAAUUUUUAUGUAAACACACAAAUUAAGAAUCAGUUUGUAAAUCAAAUUACUUAACAGAGAUGGGUCCAUACAAACAUUUAUUAACUAAUAAAAAAUAUUUUCGUAAGUCAAUAUUAUUAACACCCAUCUACUUAUGAUUUAUAAUUCUUUUAUAUUUUUAAACAUUUAAAUCAUCACAUAUAAUAACAUCAUUCAAAUGAGGCAGAUCUGUAUAGAAAAAUAAGUGCAAUUGUAUAUUUUUACAAAGCUUACAACUGAUAAUUCCAUACAAAAAUACUAACUUUUAAAAUGGUUGUUAACUGUGCAAUUCUAAAUCAGAUAAAUCAUUUAUACAGUUCUGCUAAUUUUAUACAUAAUGUGUGAUUAACAUAGAAUAAUUGUGUGGCAUAAAUUACAAUAAUUGUAAGCGUGUUUUAGAUUUGUAGCACUUUUUUCAAUUUUAAUAUUUCAAAAAAGUGAUAAUUUAAUAUUUCUAUAAAUUUUGAAGAAAUCUGAAGAGAUGAAAUUUAUUGAAAAGUUUUAAAUGUUACGUAAAUAUUUUGAAAAGUACUAUAGAAAUGUUACAUAUCUAAACACUAAAACCAUUCCAUAGUUAAAAUAAGAGGUUUAGUUAAUAGAACUGUAUGAAUCAAUAGAUUAUUUUCUGUUAAUGUACUUAGGCUACAGAAGUGUAUGCAAAACUCUAGUUAAUAUAUUAAAGAAACAAUAAAUAAUAAGAAUUACCAUG